AAGGGUGGCAACUUUAGGUGAGAAAAGACUUUUGUGUAAUUCUCCCUCAGCCUCAGGGAUUGUUAAAGAAAAUCAUUUUCCCCUUUCUAUUUGACUUUCAGGUAUAACCAUGGGCUGUUUCUCCUUCCUCAAGACCAUGAUGUUUGUGUUCAAUGGAAUCAUAUUUUUGGGCGGGGUAGCGGUGCUGGGUAUCGGCAUCUGGGUGAAGGUGGACGGAGGCUCCUUUCUUCAGAUCCUGGGCUCCGCAGCCCCCCAGCUCAUGCAAGUGGUGAAUGUGGGGUACUUGUGCAUUGCCGUCGGAGGGUUCCUUAUACUUAUAGGAUUCCUUGGCUGCUGCGGGGCUAUAAAGGAGAGCCGCUGCAUGUUAAUGUCGUUCUUCAUUAUCAUCCUCAUUAUUUUUAUUGCUGAAGUGGCAGGAGCUGUAUUAGUGCUGGCAUUCUCUUCUGUGUCUCGGAUCUUCAUUGAGUACCUUGGUAACGUGGCUUUGAAAUAUCUGCAUAACGAUUAUGGUGAAAGUAAUGAACUCACCACAAUAUGGAAUGCGACCAUGAACGAGCAAUACCCACCCGUAUGUUGUGCCAACUUCAGCCCAUGCUGGAAGAAUAAAAUCAAGCCUGAAGUGAAGGGUUGCCUGGCUGCCUUCGAGCACUUCUUUAGUCGCAACGCCAAGAUUGUCGGUGGAGUCGCUUUGGGGAUCUGCGCUCUGGAGCUGGCAGCAAUGAUCGUCUCCCUUGUUCUUUUCUGCCACAUUGGUAACAGCGCAUGACCCCCUAGCUGAACAUGGCGACUCCUGUUAUAGUGAUACCUGGAGCAGGAGAUGCACCUGAGACUCAUUGAAGCCAUGCAUGCAUCUGAUUGGCUACCUAUUCACUGUCUAUCAACCUCUGCUCUCCUUCUAUUGGAUGUACCUUGUUUCACCCUACAUUGUAGAACUGAGUUUUCUUGGACUUGGGUUGGAUGUACUAGAAUGGGGAAAGGCCACAUCACAUGGGCAUUUAUUAUAGUUACACCCUGCUGCUUUCCUAAUAGGUGCCUGCUGCAUACUACAAUGAUUUCUAUGCAGCCAUGCAAAAUCAUUCCUGCCAACAUUUGCAAAUCAGGCCCCAGCACAGAUAAAUCCUGACAUGACCUGUUAAGCCUGAGCCCAAAAGUCAGGUCUUAAGGAAUGGGCCACCCUAAUUAUGACCAAUGAAAACUUUGCAAUAGUCAUGUAGCAAAAUCCAUGCAGCAGAGAAAGUUCUAAAGAGUCUAGCUUUAAAGGAGAGGUGGAAUUCUUGAAAAAUAUAUAAAAUUGCUGCAUAUUUUUGCAAUUUGCUCAAAUUAUUUUUCUAGUUUUCAUGAUUUUAGUAGUUUUUACACUGCUACUAUGAUGAGUUUGAAGCAUCAGCACCACCUGCUGGUCAUUUAAUGGAGAAAAGGAAUAUAGGGGCAAA